AUGGGAAAUGAGUCCAGUUAUCCAGAAAUGUGCCCCCACUUUGACGAAGACGAAAUUAAACGGCUGGGCAAGCGGUUUCAGGAGCUGGACUCGGACAGUUCGGGCGCUCUGAGCGUGGAGGAGUUCAUGUCCCUGCCGGAGCUGCAGGAGAACCCAUGGGUGCCGCGAGUGACAGACGUCUUCGACACAGACGGCAAUAGAGAGGUGGACUUCGGGGAAUUCAUCCUGGGGACCUCCCUGUUCAGUGUCAAGGGGGACAAGGAGCAGAAGCUGAGGUUUGCUUUCAGCAUCUACGACAUGGAAGACGGCUGCACUUCCAACGGGGCGCUCUUCCAGGUGCUGACGAUGAUGGUGGGGGACAACCUGAAAGGCUGGCAGUUACAGCAGCUCGUGGACAAAACCAAUGUCCUGGGCAAGGAUCGCGAUGGGAAAAUAUAUCCUUCCAGGAAUUCAGUGCUGCGGUCGGUCGGAAGCCUGGAGAGCCACAAGAAGUUGCUGACAAUUGUGUGA